AUGCGAUACCAGGAGACGAUCUUGUGCUCCUCGGGUGCAUCGUCCUCAAGCCAAGGAUUGGGCGCAGUCACCGUCCACGACUUCAACACUGGAUCUUUGCUGGUCUCCUUCAAGCAGACAUGUUCAGAGCCCCACUCCACUUCUAUUCUUCAGACAAAAAAUGGCCAGGGUGGAUUCAUCCUCGCUGCUCAGCCAGAUAAAUCAAUCCUGAAUGCUUACUACUUCCAAAAAGAUCAAAUUGCGUUGAAGAUGGUCCUACCAGAGAAGCUGUCCUGUAUUGCAAUAGAUAAAGCUGGAGACUAUUGCGCGGGCGGAACUGCGCAAGGCCGCAUCUAUCUUUGGGAGGCUAGUCAAUUUCCGGUCCGAAUCGCUUCCGGUAUUCUCGUUAAUGUUUGGGAUGCUCACUAUCGCAAAGUCACUGUCCUGCGUUUCACACGAGAUUGCGCGGCGCUCAUAUCCGGAAGCGAGGACUCGGGCAUCUCCGUUUGGUCCAUCUCAAGUCUUUUGUGCAAUGAGUCUCAACACGAGACUCCGACUCCGUACUGUAACCUGUCAGAUCACACUUUACCAAUCACCGAUAUUGUCUGCGGCGUCGGUUCUUUCCCAGCAUGCCGCCUCUUAACUUCAUCAAUAGACCAUUCUGUAAAACUCUGGGACCUAUCGUCUCGUACUCUUCUAACGACAUUCCUAUUUCCAUCCCCGAUACACUCGCUUGCGUUUGAAACCGCCGAGCGCACAUUCUUCGCCGCAUCCUCGGAAGGGACCGGCCCAGAUGCUGGUGGUACCGUAUAUCAGGUUAAGCUCUUUCGAAGGCGUGAUCCUGAAAAUAACGGACAUGGGGUCGAGGCAUUGGGAGGAGGAGGCGUGGGCGAAGCUAUUCGUCUCGACGCAGACCCGAAGCGCGUGAUUUUCGUUGGGCAACCAAUUUCGACCCUCGCUCUAUCUCUGACGCGGUCUACGUUACUCGUCGGUACCACUACGGGAGAAGUGAAUCUAUAUGACAUAGCGUCGCAUCAAUUAUUGCGUACGAUUUCGCCGGUUAAAGACAAGGGACAAGGCCUAUCUAUCACCCAUAUCGAGUGUAUGCUCAAGCCGCCAGACCUGAUAGGACAUAUUAGUCUUGGUCUCAACGUUGGCGGGAUAACGAGUGUCAAGGACGUCAUGCCUACGAGACCCAUUGCGCCAUUUCAAAGAGUACGAGACAGUAAAGCACGGGAAGCUCAUGAGGUCCCUAUUAUACUACCGUCACAGAACGAGCCAUACGUUGAUCCGACCAUUUAUACUACCGAAGAGCUCCUGCGAGAUCAAGCAGUGUUUUUACAAUCGCACAUACUACCGGAUGCAAACGGCGGCACGCAGAAUUCUCUCCUUGCUCAGCAAACACGGCUAGCCGAACUCGAAAGUGAAGUGCAGCGAUUACGGACGCAACUUACGAAAGCUAAAAAUGUGAACGACGCGAUGUGGGAAGCCGUCGCUCAGCGCAUCGUGUCGGACAAGAAGGGUUCUAUCGCGACGCUUCCUGUUAACGGCUCCUGAUCAUCACAUCGUCUUUCUUAUUUUCCUUUCCUGCGUGUCCAGUUCGUGGAUGCAUUAAAGCCUGAUUUAGCUUGAUUAGAGCUUAGAAAAGGUACCCUUCAGAUCGUGUUCAGCACGUAGCACUCAGCACGAGGGAAACAGGUUUAGGGAAGUCGGGAAGUCGUGCCGUCCCAUGCAGUUCGUGCUUCCCAAGCACUAUAAAUUACGAACAUCUAGCCGAUCAUGAACUGGUACUGAUCUACUUGAACAUACAAAGAGAGGUCACGCAGAACGUCUUCUGAUAAUUAUUGAUUCUAUAUCGCAGUCAAUCCAGUGUCAUGUGCCAUAUCUCCCUGUUUUUUCGGGAUUUUAGUAUAAUCUACUUCUAAU